UUUAUAGAAAAAUGUUUCAGCAUGCAGUGCCUCCAAUGCGGAUAUCAUUUGUGCGAACUAGAAGAAAGUUGCUUCAGCUGUCAAGCAGCAUUAUCAGACGCUAUUGCAGUAAAGGAACAGCUGAUAUUAGAAAUAUUGGCAUAUUGGCACACAUAGAUGCAGGAAAAACCACAACCACUGAGCGCAUGCUGUUCUAUGCCGGCAAGACGCACAACUUGGGCGAAGUGCAUCGUGGAAAUACAGUGACCGAUUACCUAACUCAGGAACGGGAGCGCGGCAUAACCAUAUGUAGCUCAGCCGUUACGUUUCCCUGGAAUGGAAAGCGCAUAAACUUGUUGGAUACGCCCGGCCACAUUGACUUCACCAUGGAGGUAGAGCAAUCCUUGCAUGCAGUUGAUGGCGUUAUUGUCGUACUGGAUGGCACGGCGGGUGUCGAGGCCCAAACAGUGACUGUGUGGACGCAGGCAUCAAAACAUAAUUUGCCGCGUUUAGUAUUUGUAAAUAAAAUGGACCGACCAGACGCCGACUUUGAAAAAUGCGUUGAAGAUUUGAGAACAAAGCUGGACACUCGACCCAUUUGUACUCAAUAUCCUGCAAAAAACGACGAGGGGCACUUAAGCAUAUACGACGUCAUUACAUUGGAGCAGGUUCAUUGGCAACAAAAGGACUUUGGCCGUAGCUAUAAGAAAGUCAAAGUAGAGCCUUCAGAUACGCUGCGCACACUAGAGGAGAAGCGCAACGAAUUAAUUGACCAGCUAUCUGGACUCGAUGAUGAAUUAGCUGAAGUUGUCAUCAGCACAGAGGGCUUUGAUAAAGUCAGCAACGAGCUGAUUGGCCACGCCCUCCGUCGCGCCACAUGUCAACAAAAGGUGGUACCUGUGUUGCUCGGCUCUGCUUACAAAAACAUUGGCAUACAACGCUUGAUGGACUCUGUAAACGCGUAUUUGCCGGCCCCCCACGAACGGAACCAGAUCUAUGAUUGCUUUGGCAAUGAUCUGGCGGCUAAAGUGUUUAAAAUUGUACACGACAAGCAGCGCGGUCCAUUGACAUUGAUACGCGUUCUGCGCGGCGAAUUAAAAAGAGGCAUGCGCCUUGUUUCCUCCCGUGGACAGGCAGAGGUUGUGUCCAAAAUUUAUGAGCCUCUUGCCGAUGAGUAUAGAGAAAUGGCCGUGAUUAAGUGCGGUGAUGUUGGCAUUUGUUCAGGUUUGAAGUCGACUGUGACGGGUGAUUUGCUCACAGCUAGUCAGACAUCGCUAAAGAAUGCAGAGAAGCGUCUACGACAGAGUCAAGGCCUGUCAAAGGAAGCAUUAGAAGAGGAUGAUGCUGCAAAUGAAAUGUUUGAUAUAGAACCACAAAUACCGGAUGCUGUCUACUUCUGCUCAAUUGAACCACCAAGCAUAUCCUCACAAACAGCCAUGGAGCUGGCGCUCAAACAGUUGCAACGCGAAGAUCCUAGUCUGCGUGUAAGCUACGAUGCUGUUACCGGUCAAACCGUGCUCGGCGGUAUGGGCGAAUUGCACAUGGACAUUAUUAAAUCGCGUAUUCUAAGCGAUUAUAAAAUUGACGUAGACCUAGGCCCGUUACAAAUAGCCUAUAAAGAGACUAUCGAAGCACCAGCUAUAACAACAUUGAACGUUGAAAAGGAAAUUGUGGGUAGCAAGCAGAAUGUUUCUAUCACAUUGGAGCUAGUCAAAGAUCACAGCGAAUUAUUUAGUUUAGAUAAAUCACCAGAAAAUAUGAACAACCUGAAUGCUUUACGACCACGAAUUUUACAAGUGCUGCGUAAAGGAGCAAUCAGUGCCUUGGAGCGCGGACCACGUGUUGGCGGUCAGGUGGUUGACACCCAAAUACGUCUACACAAUGCUACCAUAGGACGUGGCACAGCGGACUCAUUUGUCAUGGCGACCGCUGCGCAGUGUGUGCAAAGGCUACUAGGAUUAUGUGGUACGCGUUUGUUGGAGCCCAUAAUGGCGUUGCAAAUUGUUGCACCAAAUGAGCGCAUUUCGACCAUUAUGGCCGACUUGUCCAGACGACGAGCAUUGGUCAAUGAUGUGCUGCCAAAAGGUGAUAGAAACAAGCUAAUUAUGGUAAAUGCACCGUUGGCUGAACUUUCGGGCUAUUCCAGCACUCUGCGUACUAUCAGCUCCGGUACGGCGAGCAUGACAAUGCAGCCGUGCGGCUUCGCCAACAUGAAUCCGGCAGAUGAAUCAUUAGCUGUGGAGCGCGCACAAGGAUUGGCAUGAAAGCAUCGUAAAUGAUGUCAAUAAAUAUUAACCAUGUAAAACCAUGAGAAGUCGAAUAUACAUAAACAAUAUGUAUAUGGAUAAUAUCACAACAAAUACAAAUAUU